AACCGGAGAUAAAUUGGACGAUUGGAGGUUUUCAGUUGGCUCGCCUGAGAAUCGAUCCCAAGCACCCUUGCGGUCAAAAAAACCGACGAAGAAGAAUUAACUUCCGGAGAAGGAUGAAUCCUCGGUUGACUGUGCGGGUCAGUUAGCCGUGUCCUGAGACGUUUCCCACCUUGGAGAAAACGUUUUCAAAAACCUCUGCUUAUUCGUGGAGUUAACUUCACAAACAGGUAGUGGUUUACCUGCUUUAUUGUGUGUCUUUGUCGCCGCGUAAGGAGUUGUGCGCUCGCCGUUCGGCUAAGGAGCUCGAGUCAAGAGCAAGCUAGCGCUAACAUCACAGCCGCACCAAUGAUGGAGCAAGUUCCGGCCGUUGUGACGGAAGACGUCCGGCCGGAGGAACAGUCCACAGUCAUGGAUGUCGCGCCGUGCACCCCCACGGAUGGGACAUCGCCAAACAGCGAUGCGCCGCCGCGCGAGGAUACAGCGGACAGCAAGUGUCCAGUCUCGGUUCAAGAGUUUGGGCUAUUCUGCCAAGAUUGCGGAGAAGCCUUUGGUGAGGAGGCAGCCUACUUGGACCAUCGCAACCAGCACCCCGAUGGAAAGUGCGCAAUGUAUUUGGAGCCGAUGGACUAUUCAGAUGAGGCUGACGAAGAUGAGGAAAGUACUAGUUCCUGUCAGUUAUGCACGUUGUCAUUUGUUGAUAUGAACGAAUUCCGAUCCCACAUGGAAACCCACCGUGUUCAAUCGUCUGAGACCCAGGAGAUUUCUGGGUUCACAAAGCAGAACUCCUUUGAAUGCUCUGAUUGUGGGAAGAGAUAUUCCAUGUUAGGACACUUUCUCAAUCAUCAGCGCACCCACAUUCAGGCUUCCAAAUCUCUAUUUAGUGACUUGGAGGAUUUAAAGAAAAAGUCCUUUCAGUGUGAGACUUGUGGGCGGAAUUAUUCUCGUGCAUCUGCCCUUGAUGCCCACCGACGUGGCCAUGAAGAAAAGUUAUUUAAACGCCGAUACAAGACUUCAAGACACAUGACUACUACUGAUGAGGCGGCACUCAAGCUAAUUGGAAAGCAGACUUAUGGUACUCCUGAGAAGCUUUUCAAAUGCGCUUGUGGAAAAACCUUUCCUAGUAUGGUGCGUUUGAAGACACACCAGCGAUUCAGCCACAAUAGCGAAUGCUUUCCACAAGAAGCGACAGGAAAGCUGAGGAAAAAUGUUUUUUACUGUCGAGAAUGCAGGAAGGUAUUCCAUGGCCAUCUUGCCUGGUUCAACCAUGAGAAAUGGCAUGAAAACCAUUCGAAAGAUUCUCCAAACAGAUUUCCAUGUGAGUCCUGUGGAAAAGUGUUCAUGACUCAAACCUUCUAUUACAGACAUAACCGCAUGGUGCACAGUGGCGAGACUCCAGCAAAGUCUUUUCUCCAUCAAGUGGGCCAACUGCAGAAGAAAGGAUUUGAAUGUACCGACUGUGGCCUAAAGUUCUCCAGACCAUCAGCGCUUCAUUCUCAUCAGCUUCAACACACCAGUGCCUUUGGAGAAACCGAGAAAGUGUCCCAGGCGCAUUCUUCUCUGCUACAUCAGGACACUUGGGACGGAGAACUGAAAGCCACUCAGCAGUUAAGUCAUCACGUCCUGGCAGAGAAUGUGCUUGCUGACAUUAGGUCUGAAGAUGACCCACAUGUUAAUGAGCCGGAUGAAGAUGUUAUGGAGAGUUAUGAACCUGGGGACUUCAAUGUCCUGGUGAUUAGUGCAAGUGAAUCAGAGGAUGAGGCCGUCCAAGAUAUGAACCCUAACCUUGAAUCGGGAUCCGCAUCCGACCAGGAGGGCCGAGACAACGUUUCAGCCAGUAAUCUGGUUUCAAAACCAGAGCUCGACUUGAAAAUUGUACAAGUUGACUUUGAGCCAGCCAAGGGACAGCGCUCACCAGCAGCGGAAGCACCUGAAGACAACGCAACCAAAGAACGAUUUGAUUGUCCAGAAUGUUACCGGUGGUUUACUAGUGCGGCAUCACUGCGGGCUCACAUAGUGUGGCACAACUUUCGUAAGAGGAGACGUCAGACUAAAGGUCAGUCAGUGGAAGUUUACACUUGUGACAAUGAAGCCCAUACCUUUGCAGCAGGUCAUUUUACAGAAUAUGAGAAUGAAACUAACCAAGAAUUAAACCAGGCAGAACUAUUAAAGCAGAAAACUGUGACAUGUGACAUAUGUGGUACAAAUCUUUCACAUUUGCCCAAUCAACACGAUGAACUUUCACUGUGCCGUAAUUGUGAGACAUCUAGCUUGUUAAACCACAUGAGCAACCGCUCUGUACAGAGGAAAGAGAGCAUUUCGGCUACUACAAAAGUAUACAAUCCAAAGAAAACUCUUCUUGGGCCCAAGAUUUACCACUGCGAGCAGUGUGGGAAAGGUUUUUGGUCUUUAGGAGCUUACUUGCAUCAUAAGCAAAGUCCUAGUCAGUGUAUAGAUGUGAGGCUUAGAACUGGUCGUGCACAGCCAGCGCACCGUGGACGUUCUUGCUCCAGCAUGAAGGUUGCGUGUCCUGUUUGUGGUAGAAAGUUCCGACACAAGGGAAUCAUGACGUUGCACAUGCGCACGCAUGAAAAUGGAAAUCACAAGUGUGAAAUCUGCAACAGAGCUUUUCGCCUUUUUUCCAGUCUGAUCAGACACCAGGUUGUGCAUAAUGAACUCCUGCCGCCACCUUGUAAAUCUUUUCAGCAUCAGGUAGAGCAGCUACAAAAGAAUACGUACAGCUGCCCCGACUGCGGGAAGCUGUUUUCCCGGGCCAAAGCACUUCAGUUUCAUAUGAGGUAUCACGGAAAUGAGAGUGGGCAUUCGCCAUCACCACCCAGGUCUUCUGUUAGGCACGAGGACUUUCAGUGUGCCACGUGUCUCAAGCAUUUCAGCAACAGGGCCUCCUUCCGGACGCACAAAAAGCUGUGCAUUACAAAAGAACGUAUAUUGCUUGGUAAGACAGGUACUCUAAAUAAUAAUGAGAGAGGGAAAUUGUCUAAGGUGAACUCGCAAGACAGCGCGGUGAAGUUACCACAUAAAGUUAAGAAUGAAAUGGAGGAGGUAGGCAUGGAAAGUCCAAAUACAAACCCCAGUGAGUUCAAAUACAAGUGUAACAAGUGUGAAAGAAGCUUUUCAGUUAUUGGUGCUUUGAACUUGCAUAAAAGAAUUCACGCUAAGGGUUACAAAAAAGUAGCAAAAGCAACCUUGUCCUCAGCACCUAGUGAGGAAGAGUUAAGGAAAGAUUAUCCAUUUCCCUGCUCAGAAUGCGGGAAGCGAUUUUUGUCCAACUCUGCCCUCGGCUCUCACAAACGAUGGCAUAAAAAUGACAAACGGCCCAAUCUUAAAGAAGAGGUUUCCGACCACCAAACGUCCACGCUGCAGCCUCAACCUGACAUGAAACCUAAGACUCACCAAGGUCGCCAAGCAUAUGAGCAAGGCUCUCUUUUAGCUGAGCAAAGCAACACUCUGGAAACUAGAGAUACUCAGACAGGUGACACCUCGCUCAAUGUGAACCGGGUCAUGAACGAUGGGGGUGAAUCCGUCUCGACGACGACGAUUGCAAAAAAUUACCAGUGUCCACUCUGCUUGGCGAACUUUUCCAAAGCCAGGGGCCUUCGUGCCCACACAUGGCAAGCCCACUCAAAGAGUACAGAAAACAAAGCAAAGCGUGUGUUUGAUGCUCAAAACACAAGCUGUGAAAUAAUGAGUGAAAGUAUUUCACCAAAAAUAAGCAACCCCCCUGUAAGCAAAUUUGACGCUUCUCCUUUGAUUGUCACAAACCAUGAGUGUGGACUUCACUGUGAAUCUGCUGCCACAGUUCCGGACCAUAAAUUAUGUCCAGCAUCUGAACUGGGGGUCCAGGCUCCUGAGGCCUUAGCUGAGGUCUUGCCGCCUUACAGCCGCCUAUCAGAGCAGAUCGUCAAAUGUCUCUUCAAGUGUGGGAAGUGCGGCAAAGACUUCCAGACUGAGGGGCAGUUAGAGACUCACAAGACCAAGGCAAAGAGCAGGCCUUUUUGCUGCGCCCUGUGCUGCAAUGCCUUUUUAACUGAGAAUCAGCUGCAGCAACACCUCGCCUGGCACGAUCAGAUCCGAUAUCGGCUCCCGAACGAGGUUCGCUUUCGCCUCAGUGCUGCUUUGACCACAAAGUCUGUCAAACUCACAGGGAACGUACCAAGCCAACAUGCUUUGAAGCAAGAGAGCCAGUCAGUCAGUAGCAGCGAAGCCUUUCUUUCAUCAUCCGCGUUGCAAAACCACAAAUGUUGGCGUUGUAAAAGUGCUGUGUGUGAUUGCACUGAUCCUCCCGUGACCGCCGAUGACUUCAGGUCCCUUUCUAAACAUGACCAGGCAUCUCUUGGUGAUUGCGAUAGCCCUGCAGCUGUUUGGUCAGGAGCUAGAGAUUCCCUUACUUGUCUUGAAUGUGGAGCUACUUUUAGUCAGGAAACUGAUUUGCACCAGCACUAUACCAAACAUGCACAAAGCAUGUAUUAAAACAUUUGUUUACAUGUAAAGAUUGAGAGACCUUUGCUCUUUGUUUGGUCGAGGAGAUCCAUUUGUAUGUCACUAUACUAGAUUAUGUGUCAAUUCUCCGCUUCCCAGGCUUUCCUGUUUACACCGGAUUAGUAAUGUAUAAAUGUUACCAAUGCCACCUUGUGUGACACUUUAAAACCUUCCACAUACUAAACAUUUUGGUGUCGGGGAAGCAUGCCCACUACUAUAAAUUAAAGUUGGAGCUAAUAGUUGUAUCUACUUUUCUGUCAUUUAAAAUAUUGAAACUUUCUCAUAUGCCAUAUUGGCAGAGCAAACCCAUUGUAUGCACUGUUCAUCAAACAAACAAAAAAAGCCUGACAUAGUGCACUAAUAUUGUCAGUCUAAAUAAUGUACAUUAUGUACAGAUUGUUUUGCAUGAGUUGACUACUAAGCCCCACCCAUUUCCAUUGUUUAUUUCUAUGUUGUGGCAAAGCUAUUUAUUGAUCAAAUGAAUAUGUGGUACUUGUAUUCAUUCGGGAUGGUUCUUGAUUACCGCUUAUUUUGGGGAAAGAUCUGUGGAGUAAGUAUGAAUGAAGCUAGUUUUCCUUAGGGUGAUCAUAUGCCUACAUGUUUACAUGCUGUUUCUGAAGCUAAAAUAAAUGGAUAUAUUGUAGUCUGAAUUAGUGGCUUGUGUAAUCACUUCACACCAAUUUACACUAAAGCUUGUGUGAACUAUAUAUAUAAAAAUCUGUAAACGUAUUGUGUAAAAUUUGACAAGUCAUUAUAUUUAAAUCUUUGCUUACUGGAGUCACUGGCUUUAUAGUUGCGUCUCCCAACAAGUUUUAAUUGCAGUACGUUAAAAGUUUGUGUUUGGAACUAUCUCAACAAAGGCCAAAGAUGUUUUUUCAGUUUUGGCGAGUCAUGCUAAGUUUGGUUUGACUGACCUUAUUGUUGGAACCUAAUUGGUUUGUUGACAACAUUUAUGGUACAUAUUAGUGGUUGGAAUCGCACAAUAUUUUGCCAGUGAAGUAAUUUUAAAGGCGGAAAAUAUAUCUGGCCUGACUUCUCAUCAAAAAAUAACAUGUCGGAGUGGCAAGUUUCGUAGCAAGUCAAAGGUUAAGAACACGACAUGGUUACUCAAAAGGUCAUUUAGAUGCAUUUUGUUCACAACACAGGUGAAAAGACCAUCAUAAAAUCACUGUUAUAUCCACUAAGGUUAGUUUAAUUUAGUAUUAAAUGAUGGAUUGGCCUUGUAGAUCAGUGCUUAAGGAUGAUUAGCAAGCCGUCUUAGAAUUUUUGAGGGGGCUUGUUUUUAUAGCAUGCUUCAUAUCCCCCCCACACUCCUAAAAAGAACCUUGUCAUUUCGUUAGCCUAAUAGCAUAAUUGCCUGAGUCAUUUUCAACUUGAUGUCACAAUAUCAAUAAAAAAAUAAAAAUAUGCUUGAUAAAAAAUGUUUUUGUCUGUGUAGAUCUGGGGUGUCAAACUCAUUGUUGUCACGGGCCGCAUCGUAGUUAUGACUUUCCUCGGAGGUCCGUUACGACUGUCAACCGAUAUAAAUGAAAGAUUACAUACACUAUACACAAAAUGUUGAUGAAUAACCAGUUUUGAAAUCAGAAGCCUAUAAAAACAUGUUUAUCAACUAUUACAUUUCAAAGGGGGAUUGGUAACAAAAUAAAUGCUUGCAAAUAUCUCAAUGUUAUUACACCAGAACACAAUGACCAAUUUUGAUUUGCUUUGGCGGGCCAGAUAAAAUGAUGUGGCGGGCCGGCUCUGGCCCCUGGGCCACCAGUUUGACACCAGUAGUGAAGAUUCUCACUCCUGCAGGUCGUCGUAAUCCGCAAAGGUUGAAUCGAGGCAACGGGGCUUGUUUUUUUCCGAAAAACGUUCAAAAUGACUUGUGCAAUUAUGCGCAUAAGGCUAACGAUUUAGUCAUAGAAUUCUGCUGCUGACUAAUAUACAUCUAACAUCUGUGAGCGAAGAAAUCUGCUGCAACUAAAUGUGCGUAAUGACCUUUUCUCACCUUUUCUGAAAACACUUUCCAAAAUGCUUACAAAAUACCUUCUUUAACCGUGCAUUUCCCCCUAUUUCUAGCCAACCAGAGCAAAGUUGCGCAGGAUUGCGGACCGACGUCGACAGCGUCUUUGGAUUACUUGGGCACCCGAAGGAAGGUGCUGAAAGA